AUGCGGGGCCCGCAGUGUCGACCCGCAGAGCGUGAGGUUCGACGAGAAGCCCUCGUCUUGCACCACCACCUUCACGUGGGCCGCACGGCAGUCGCAGAUCAUCCUAACUUUAUUCUUCAUGAACAGAAAACGGGCCGCCUGAGGAAUGUCGGUGGCUGGUGCGCCGGCUGCAGUCAUGGGAACCUCGUGAGGCUUAACAGGCUCGAAGUCAAUGACCAAACUGCCCGUGACUCGAUGGAUGAUGGCAUAAAAGGGCUUUCCGGAAGACUUGCAGUGGACCAGGACAGGGGCGGCGGCACUAGGGGCUGUGAAGAUGGUGCGUAUAUCGGAGCCUAUGGUGAGAAGCGGGUGAUCGCCAACACUGGGGACCGCGUGGCUGAGUGUGGUGAGCAUUUCAGGGGCGUUCUCGCUGAAGGCGAUGACUUUGAAAGUUGUGGUGGUGGCCAUGUCGGAUUUUGCAGGGAUUUGGGAAAAGGGGAGAUUGGUGACUCGGACAGUGGUCGAGUAGUCGAAGGAGGUGCCGGAUUUGUCAAAGUCUGCUUGGAGCCUCGCGUCUAUGGAUGUCUGGGCGACUAUACGAGUGUUGUGUCGAGACCUAGUCGGACGACUGAAAUUUUAGGAAGUCGAGUAGUAGUGAAAAGGAAGGGGAAUGGCAUAAGAAGGAGAGACAGCGGGUUGAGGGGUGAUGAUAGCUGCCAGAUUGAGGGUAGAAAAGGGGACCACCCCACCACCCCAGACCUGCUGCUCCAAUAG